GCCGUUUGUUUCUGCAUCUGUCUGCUCUUUUCCAGCUUCCUGGCGAAUGUCUCGUGGUUGAAUUCCGGCGGGGAUUCACCGGGAAAUUCUUGUUCUGUCUCGCCGGUGUAAGAGUCACCGUGAAAAGUUUGAAACGCUCUGUACCAGGAAUCGGCAUGAGUAGCGUACCUAACAGUGUAGAAACAGUAAAUGCUGCCGCCACGGCCAUAGUUACCGCCGAGAGUAGAGUUCAGCCAACAUCUGUUCGGAAAAGAGGAUGGGGAAGCUGCUGGAGUCUUUACUGGUGUUUUGGUUCAUACAAGCAGAAUACUAAACGAAUUGGUCAUGCUGUCCUUGUUCCCGAACCAAUUGCACCCGUAGCUGCAGCUCCAGUUUCUGGGAAUCCAAGUCAUCAAACUACCAUUGUGUUACCCUUCAUAGCUCCUCCCUCUUCCCCUGCAUCUUUUCUCCAGUCGGAUCCUCCCUCUGCUACCCAAUCGCCAGCUGGAUUACUUUCUCUCACUGCAUUAUCUAUCAAUGCAUUUUCACCAGGCGUGACUGCUUCAGGUUUUGCUAUUGGUCCCUAUGCUCAUGAAACUCAGUUAGUUACACCACCCGUAUUUUCUGCUGUCACCACUGAACCAUCCACUGCUUGUUUCACUCCCCCUCCUGAACCUGCACAGCUGACAACACCACCUUCACCGGAAGUGCCAUUUGCUCAGCUUUUGACUUCAUCACUAGCCCGCAACCGGAGAAACAGUGGGGCCAACAUCAAAUUCCCUUUAUCACAGUAUGAUUAUCAGCCUUACCAGUGCCCCGGAAGCCCAGGUAGUCGUUUAAUAUCACCAGGUUCAGCAGUCUCAUAUUCUGGCACCUCUACACCUUUCCCUGAUAAGUACUCUAUCCUUGAGUUACGUAAAGGGGAAGCUCCAAAGUAUCUUGGUUAUGAGCACUUCUCCACUCGCAAGUGGGGUUCAGGAUCUUUAACACCAAAUGGUUGGGGUUCAAGACUAGGUUCUGGAACUCAGACUCCAAAUGGUGGCCUUUCAAGGCUUGGUUCUGGGGCUAUGACUCCUAAUGGUGGAGAACCUCUGUCACGAGACAGUUAUAUUCUGGAGAACCAAAUUUCAGAGGUUGCAUCACUUGCCAAUUCAGACAACGAGUCUCUAGACAAUGACACUGCAAUUCAUCAUAGAGUUUCAUUUGAAUUGACUGGGGAAGAUAUUCCAAGUUGUCGUGAAAAGGUUCCUGUCACGUCGCAUGAUGCCACAGCUGAACCUCUAGAGGACAUUUCAGCAGAAACCAUUUACCCAACUGAUUUGUUAAAGGAAGUCGAGCACUCUAGCAAGUCUUCUGUUGAAGAAAGCGCAAACGCCAUUUGUGGUAAAGCUCUAAAAGAGGAAGGAGACCAAAGCUCUCAAAAGCACUCAAGUACUGCACUGGAUUUGAGCAAAGACUUUGAUUUCGACAAUGUCAAACCCGAAGUCCUGGAUAAGUCCAGUGUUGACUGUGAGUGGUGGACUAGUGACAAAGCUCCUGGGAAGGAACCAGCUCUUCAGAACAAUUGGACUUUCUUCCCAUUGCUGCAGCCUAAAGUCAGCUAACACAAAAUACACUAUGGCCACCGUUCAUCAGUCUCAAAAGAAAAGAGCAGGUAAUUAUCGCAUCCACUACUUCUAAAAGAAUAAGAUGGGAAUGAAAUUUCGGAGGCAAAGUUCCUUUUUUUUUUUUUUUUUUCAAGCCUGUGAAUAAUCAUAUAUACUUGGAUUGAACAAAUUAGCUCUGAGCGGAGAAGAUAGUGAUGGGUUCUCACCAUGCAACAGAAAUUGGUUUCUAGUGAUCAUUUGACUGGGAAGUUGGCUUAAGUGUUCUUAUUGAUGUGUACACCCGAAAUUAUGUCCAAACACAGUUGUAAAUUCAUUUUAGCAGACUGUAAAACUUUCUUUUUCAUCUCUUCUUCCCCUUUUCCCAUUCUGGGGCUGUUAGGCUAGCUAGUAGUAUUGGUGGAGGUUAAAGGAGCUGAGAUAUGUAAUGAUCUGUAUCAUUGAAUGACUCUUUAUCCUACAGAGUGAAUAUCAGAGUGUAAUAGAAUUUCUUCCCAUUAAAGUUACUGUGCUUUACUUUGAA